CUUGUCUUACACAACCUGAUAGACCCAGAAAGAUCAUGGCGGCUCUAAGGUGGUUUGUUCACUCAGCAUGCCAUGUCUUAGGGUACAACCAGCAGGGAGAGGAGAAGGUGAAGGUCGUAGGGAUAGAGAGGUUGAAGGAGAAGAGGGUUAAUGGAGGGUGCUGUUCGGAGUUCCAAAUGCCUCUGCAUUAUCCAAGAUACAGUAAGAGUGAGUACGAGAAGAUGGAGGAGUGGAAGGUGGAUCUGCUUCUCAGAGAGUAUGGACUCAGCUUUAAUGGCAGCCUUGAUGAGAAGAGAGCUUUUGCAAUGGGAGCAUUUUUGUGGCCUGAUCAGUACUGAAGAUGUCAUUAAUCAUUAUGGUUAGCUAUCUAAUUAGUAUCUUAUAUAUAUAUAUAUAUGUAUGUAUGUAUAUUCUCCAGGGCAAUAACAUGGUCUAUACAUUUACAUAUAUAGAGUUGUGUAUGUAUGGGAUGAUUGUCCUUUGUGAUGUUACAAGUUUUGUAGUUAAUUAGAUUCAAUGUUAUGCACUAUACAAAACGAGAACCUUAAAUGUUACAAUUUA